GACAAGGGCCAAGUCUCCAGGCAGAGAGGGAGUCAUUUCAUUGGCGCUUGAAUCAGCAAAGAAGUCAAGAUGGCCAAAGUUCCUGACCUCUUUGAAGACCUGAAGAACUGUUACAGUGAAAAUGAAGAAUACAGUUCUGAAAUUGACCAUCUCACUCUGAAUCAGAAAUCCUUCUAUGAUGCAAGCUAUGACCCACUUCAUGAGGACUGUACAGAUAAAUUCAUGUCUCCGAGUACUUCUGAAACCUCUAAGACACCCCAGCUUACCCUCAAGAAGAGUGUGGUGAUGGUGGCAGCCAAUGGGAAGAUUCUGAAGAAGAGACGGUUGAGUUUAAAUCAAUUCCUCACUGCUGAUGACCUGGAAGCCAUUGCCAACGAAGUAGAAGAAGAAAUCAUGAAGCCCAGAUCAGUAGCACCCAACUUCUAUAGCAGUGAAAAAUACAACUAUCAGAAGAUCAUCAAAUCCCAAUUCAUCCUGAAUGACAACCUCAGUCAAAGUGUAAUUCGAAAAGCAGGGGGAAAAUACCUCGCAGCCGCUGCAUUACAGAAUCUGGAUGAUGCAGUGAAAUUUGACAUGGGGGCUUAUACAUCAAAAGAAGAUUCUAAACUUCCUGUGACUCUCAGAAUCUCAAAAACUCGACUGUUUGUGAGUGCCCAAAAUGAAGAUGAGCCUGUAUUGCUAAAGGAGAUGCCUGAGACACCCAAAACCAUCAGAGAUGAGACCAACCUUCUCUUCUUCUGGGAACGUCAUGGCAGUAAGAACUACUUCAAAUCAGUUGCCCAUCCAAAGUUGUUCAUUGCCACACAGGAAGAAAAACUGGUGCACAUGGCAAGAGGGCUACCCUCUGUCACUGACUUUCAGAUACUGGAAACCCAGUCUUGACUCUGGAGUCUACUUACUUGUGAAGUGUUUACAGUCCAUAUGUACUAUGUACAUGGAGGAGUCAAAUCUUUUACUCUUAGUCACUUGAUGAGCAUGUGCUGAGCCUUUGUAAUUCUAAAUGAAUGUUUACUCUCUUUGUAAGAGAGUGAGCAAGCUCUAAUGGAACCAACAUCAACAUAUAAUGUUGUUUGUUAUUUAAAGAAUACCCUAUACUUGAAAUACAAAUCAAAACCACCAUGAGAUAUCACCUGACACCUGUCAGAAUGGCUAACAUG